UGUUUUCUGUGGUCUAAUGUGUUACUUCCUAAUUCAUCCAUUGUUUGAGUUUCAUUCUCUCUUUUCUCAUACUCGCUGUAAUGGAGUUGUUCAUCUUCAUUGCUUUUCAGCUUCUUAUAGAGGUUCAGUCUCACAGUUCACUUCAGAAACCCUUCAUCAGUUAUAAUAGUGAUGAUGUCCAGCCCAUCAUAUCAUGUGAAAUACCACUUCCAGUCAGAGCUGAUUUCACCUGUAGUCUCUACACUGAGGAUGAUCUUCUGCACUCUCAGAAGAGACAGUCUGGAGAACGUCUUUGUAUGUUUUAUGUAACUCCUGGUGAACUCUUCACACGAUCAGAGAACAGACAGCUGAGCUGUGAUUAUUCACUCAACACUGAACCUGAGAUCAGAUCACCGUGCAGUGAAACAUACACCAUCAGAGGUCAAAAAUCAUCUCCUCACUCUGAUCCAGUGCCAGUGACAGUCCAAAGUUCAACAACAACCACCACAGCACGUACUAUUACAACAGCCACUACAAGUAACAUUCAUUUCAUGUUAAACCUGAUAACAAGCAAGGCAAAGGAAACCAUGUUUUCCAUUGUAACCUCUACUCUGCCAGAUAUCAGAAGUAUGUCAGGACAUGUUUCAACAGAAACAUCCACUCAAAAAACUUCACAAACAAAGACAGAAAUAUCAACAACGGCUGUCAGUUCCACCACUGAAACCCCGACAUCCACCAGAACUGCGGUUUCUAGUGUUCACACUUCAACAACUGGUCCUAACGAUCAUCCACUCACACCACUACACAGAGAAACAUGGUUUAUAGUUCUGGUUUCCACUGGUGUUGGUGUCAUUUUGACUGGAUUCAUCUGUCUGUGUCGGUUUGCAAGUAAAAAAAGAAGAAAACACAAUAAAAUGAUAUCAAUAAGAUCAGAUGUGCCCAUUCAAGAAAUUGGUAUGAGUUCUGGACCUGCAGAGACAUAUUCUGUGAUCACUUCUGUACCAGCCACAUCUCAGCCCAUAUCUGUGGGCCUCGAACACCCAGAUUCCCAUCAGGACAACACACCAGAUCCCACAGCGACUUCCUCUUUCAUUAUGUCUGAAAAUUCAAUUUACCAACCCUCAGAAGAUUUGGUCAAUACUCAACAGAAACAGGGAAAUACAGAGGAAAAUGAGGAUGUUUACCACCUGUACUGCACGAUCCCUGACAAACCAGUUCACUCAAAUGCAGCAGAUCAAGUCUACAGUUUGGUGAAGAUGCACUGACGAGUCUCAAGUCUUGUUUCAUAAUGUACAUUCAUUAUAAAUAAAAUAUCUUUACUUGCUUACAAA